UCGGUCCUCAGAACUCGGGCUACCCCGCUACCCAAAACCUCUGUUAAUUCAGCUACAUUACUUUUAGUGCAUUGCCCGUUGGCGUCGUUGGCGAUAAUACGACGUACGAACGGUCGUACUCUUCUAUUUUCGUGACCGGAGCCGAAGACGCAACAUGUGCUUUUCGGCAUUCUCGAUCGAUCAAUUAUUUUUCUGUAGUAGUGAAUAACAGUUAUUAAAAAACAAAAAAAGGAAACAAUCUACUCUAACCUUUCUGAAAUCUUAAGCUGGAGUGUAUCUUGGUUUGCCAACUUACGUAUUAUUAUACCCACACGUUCAUUUGCCAAAAAAUGGAACAUAACAACAAUCACGCACAGACCAACGGUUUCUUGUCAAAUGGGCAUAAUAACAAAGACAAAGUUGUAGCAGGCAAAAAUAUGAGUCCAGAUUUAAAUGGCUGUGAUACGGGAGCUAUGUUUGUGAUGGAAGAUGAAGAUCAUCAAAUGGUAUUACUAAAUUCACUUAACAUGAUGCGCAAAAGUCGAACAUUUUGUGAUGUUAUAUUAAACGUGGGAAAUUGCGAGUUGCACGGUCAUCGUGCUGUGUUGGCCAGCUCGAGUCGGUUUCUGAUGGAGAUGUUUAGCACUGAUGAUGAAGAAAAGAAAGGUUCACAGCGAGAAGCAAUAACGACAUAUACACUGAAUGCUACUGGUCCACUCAGCGAUUGUUCUGCUGUUGAGAAGCUCAUCGAAUACACCUACACAUCUCGGUAACGCAUUGUCGCUACCAUUUAUUUAUCUAACCUCUAACAGCAUUACCUUCUUGAUGUCUAAGUAGAAACAUUGAAAAAAUGAAUGUGAUUUAAAUACUGAAUCAAAUUAAAACCAUCAGUAUGUUUUCCUUAUAAUAACUUACACUUCUUUGAGUCUUGACACAAAAAAGUAUUCAAAAAAAUGUAAAAUAUUCCCAAAAGGCUAUUAUACUUAAAGUUCAUAUAUAAUACCUUAUAAUAUUUUUAACCUUCAGUAUGAAUAUUGAAUAAUUUUAAUAUACAACUAAAUGAUAAUUAAUCAUCAUGUAUAAAAUUAGGGAUCAAAAAAGCUAUUAGAUUCUGAGCGGAGCGAUGAAUGUAUUGAUUUUACCAUGAUGUGUGUUUUUUUUUUU